AUGUGUGAACAAACAAAACGUUAUUUUUCUCCACGUCUUGUUGAUUAUGUGAUUAUAGUUGGUUGUCGACAUCCAAAUAAAUAUAAUCAUGUAACACAAACACCUGAAUUACUUCGUCGUUAUCCAUUAGAAGAUCAUAAAGAUUUUGCAUUACCACCAGAUGUUAUUUUUUUUUGUCAACCUGAAGGUUGUAUUAAUACAGGUCAUCAACGUACAGCAUUUCGUCAAUUAACAUCAUUUGUAUUUACAUUAACCGAAAAAGAUUCUAAUCGACAACGUUUUGGUAUAUGUGUAAAUUUUUAUCGACAUUUUUCUCGACGUACAUGUUCAAUACAUAAUCAAAAUCAAGAAAAAAUUAAUCAAACUAAUUCAUCUGAUGAUACAACUCAUUUAACAUCAAUAACUAAUAAUGAUGAAGUAGAUAAUAAAGAACAUAAACGUAAACGACGUUUAAGAAAUAAUACAUUAACAUCUAUUUGUCUUAUAAGUCAUCAUCCAUUUUUUACACGUUUUCGAGAAUGUCUUGUAACAUUAAAAACAAUAAUUGAUGCUUGUAAUGAACGAUCAAGUGCAAAACGCACAGGUGCAUCAAAAGGAAUGUCUAGAGAAACAGUUUGGGGUGUAUUAACAGGUCAAGCAUGUGAAUGUACAUCGAAUUUAGUUGGUCAUGAAGUACGAGAAAUUGAAACAUGGAUGUUACGUUUACUAAGUGCACCAGUUUCUAUACCAGGAAAAACAAAAAUUUUGAUUGAAACAUUACCGAAUGAACCACCAAUGUUAUUUGCUUUACCUGAUCAUACAAGAUUUUCACUUGUAGAUUUUCCUCUUCAUCUACCUCUUGAAUUACUUGGUGUAGAUUUAUGUAUACGAGUUUUAACAUUAAUCAUGUUAGAAAAUAAGGUUGUAUUUCAAUCUCGUGAUUAUAAUGCAUUGACCAUGAGCGUUUUGGCAUUUGUUGCAUUACUUUAUCCACUUGAAUAUAUGUUUCCUGUUAUACCAUUAUUACCAACAUGUAUGACGGGUGCCGAACAACUUUUACUUAUUCCAACACCGUUUAUAAUUGGUGUACCAGCAAGUUUUUUUCCUUAUAAAGGAAUGCUAAUAAAAAAACUUGAUGAUAUAUGGAUUGUUGAUCUUGAUGCAAAUCAAAUUAUACAACCACGACAAGCUGAACCAUUUUUUGACAUUCCAGAAUUUGAAUAUAAUAUUUUAAGUAAUCAUUUAAAACAAGCUUUAAGUAGUAUGUCAAUAGAUCCUGAACCAAUACAAAGUUUUGAUGCUAUGCUCAAUGAUAAAUCAUAUUUAAUGACAGCAAAUAAUUCUACAUCAUUACCAUCAACAGCAUAUAAUCCAUUUAUAUAUGGUAAUGAUGUUGAUUCAGUUGAUAUAGCUACACGUGUUGCUAUGGUUCGAUUUUUUAAUUCACCAAAUAUACUUGGCAAUUUUAAUGAACAUACACGAACAUUAAGAUUACAUCCACGAGCUGUUGUAGCUUUUCAAUAUAGUAGUUUUAUAAGAUCACGACCAGUUAAAUCAGCAUUUAUUAUUCGUUUAGCAAAAACACAAGCUGUAGAAUUUUUUGCUGAAUGGUCACUUUGUCCCGAUAAUGUAGCAUUUUUACGUGUACAAACAGGUGUUUAUGAUCCAGCACUUAUUGGUGACAAACCAAAAUGGUAUAGUCGAAAUUUAACAUCAAUACCAUUUAAAAUUAUUGAAGAAAAUAGUACACUUACUCAAGCAGUUCAUUCAUUUAAUACAAAAGUAAAUGAUAUUGAACAUACAGAAACAGAUGAAAGUGGAAGUGAUUCUGAAGACGAUAGUGCAAGUUCUGAUUAUACAUCAUUAAGUGAUUUUGUAUCGGAAAUGAUUAAUAGUGAAAUAUGUGGAGAAAUUCGAAUUGUUAAAACUUAUCCAGAAAAUCAAAAAAAAACAGCUUGUGUAGAAUAUUCAACUGUUUAUAAUCCACCAGAAGAUUUAGAAAUACCUGAUAGUGGUUCAAAUAAAACUCCAAGUCCAAAUACAAGUGGAAAUGAAUCAAGUCAAUCAAUGAGUGAAUCAACAAUAAGUUCAAGUUCAAAUUCACUUGUUAAUUCAAGACUUAAUUCACCUUCGAAUGAUACAAAUGAUAUUAUACCUGAUCUAUCAGGUGCAAUACAUGAUCUUGAUUCAAAAUCAAGUUCAGCAACAAUUACACCUGUUACAAGAAGUUUUCCAAAACCACUUUUUGAUACAAAAACAUUGACGAAUGAAGAUAAUAUAGGACAAAGUUCACCUCCAGAAAUUCGUGCAAAGAAUAUAUCAAUUCAAAGAACUUCUAGUCAACGUGUUCGUACAACGCUACCACGUACCGAUAGUCAUGAUUCAACUGCAAGUGCAUUAACAACAAAAUCUGGACGUUUGCAUAAAACUGACUCAGAGAGUACAACAUCUUCUAAUCAUUCAUUACUUCAACAAGUUGGUGAUGAAAUUAAUUCAACAAUGGCUGGUCGAGUAGUUACAAAUAUGGCAAAAAUGGCAACAAAUAAAAUGUCUGAAUUACUCGCAUCAACAUCUGAAAAUCCUCGUCAAGCAAAUUCUCCAUUAAUUCGUGCUAAUCGUCCACCACCAUUUCCAUUUCCAAAACAAAAUCGUAAAAUAGAAAAACCAAGUCUAGUUAAACAUGGCACAACAACAUCAAAUACUUCAAAUAUUACACGACAACAAAAUGCUGAAGCAAAAGCAAAUACUCAUAGUGAAAAUCAACAAUUUCUAAAAGAUAUUGUUACUAAUGUUCUUGAUGGACAAGGUAUUGGUUGGUUAAAAAUAAAUCGUGUUAAAAAAUUAAUGGAAGAUGAAAAUUAUCGAAAUUUUGUUCUUAGUCGUCUUAAUAUAAAUCUUGAUAAAAAAUAUUCCGAUGAAGAUGAUCAUAUUGAAGAUAUUAAAAUUAAUCGAGCUGUUUUUAAAGGUAUGACAAAUAUAUUACGAGCUGUUAUACAAGGUCUUGAAGUAACAUUUGAAAAUAAUGGUCUUGGUGGUAUGGCAUCAACAUUUCAAUUACUUGAAAUAGCACAUACAUAUUAUUGGAUAAAAGAUAAUAAAACUGAUUUAAGUCCAAUGUCCGAACGAAAUAGUCCUCUUAGCGGUAGUCGAGAAAGUUUAUCAUCAAUUGAUCCAAAUAUUUCAUCGAAUCCAAUAUCACAUUCAACGAUUAUUCCAACUCAACAGCAACAACAACAGCAACAACAACAACAACAACAACAACAGCAAAGCAAUAUAACAAGUCCAAAUACAGGACUUGUUGCACAAUUAGGAAGUUUAUGGCGCGAAUCAAAAUUAGCACUUGCACGUAGCUAUGCAACAGCUGCACAAGCAAGUAUGAAUUUUGGAGGCAAUGUUGAACUUCGUACUAAUCCAAAGCAUUCAUUUUCACCUCAUGUACCAUUUCAUUCGACACUAACUGUUAGUUCAUCAUUAUCAUCAAAUAUGAAUUCCAAUAUUCGGCCUAUGAAUGCAGAUCGAAUAUCGGAUCCGGUCGAGGUCAACGGUGAUGAAUAUCAGAAUAUAGAAAUUUCAUCUCAAAUGAUAUCUAUUUCAGAAGAUGGAUCGACGAGCAACAUCGAUGCCAACAGUCAAAAAUCAACAACGAACGAUACAACGAUAGAAAAUUAUGUUCGACCUGAUUCAUUGAAUUUUACAAAUGACUCAACAUCGAAAACAAAUACAAAUAUUUCACGUAUAAAUUCAAUAGUAACUGAUGAAGAAAAUGGAACAGAUUCAGGUUCAUCUAGUCGACGUCAAUCGAAAAUAAAUCAUCAUCUUAUACGUAUAUCAAAUCAAUGGAAUGAUGAUAAAUUAAAAAAUCGACGAUUAUCAAAUAUAUCAACAGCUAAAAGUGCUUGUUCUGCUGGAUAUAGAUUUCGUAAUGGAUCAAUUUUUCAAGUAGCUGAAAAUAAUCCAUCGGGUGUUAAUGAUAAACAAUAUUUAUUUGAAGUUCUUAUUGGUAGUUCACGUAGUCAUUUAUGGGAUCAAAUGCAAGUAUGGGAAGAUGUUUUUCUUGAUGCUGUUGCACAAGAACGUGAUAUUAUUGGUCUUGAUCAAGGUCCAGCUGAAAUGAUGGAACGUUAUUAUUCAUUAUCAAAUGCUGAUCGUAAACGUUUAGAAUUAGAUGAAGAUCGUUUAUUAGCCGUUAUGCUUUAUAAUUUAAUUGCAUUUAUGAUAAUGAUGCGUGUAAGUAAAGAAGAAAUUCGUCGAAAAAUUCGUCGAAUACUUGGCCGUUGUCAUAUUGGUUUAACAAUGAGUCAACAAGUUAAUGAAUUACUUGAUAGUAUUGCAAAUUUAAAUGGUAAUGAUGUUGAUUUACGUCCAGUAGGUAGUCGAUUAUUACAAAAACAAAGUUUUACUGUACAUUGGGGAACAGAUAAUACUGGAGACAUGCUUUUUAUGGAGGUUUGGGAUGAUUGUAUUAUACUUCGCAGUGUACUUGGUGAAGUUUAUGAUCGUUGUUGGUUUGAAAAAUUAGUUAAUAUGACAUUUUGUCCAAAGACUAAAGUACUUUGUUUAUGGCGUAAAGCUGAUGGUGAAACACAACUUAAUAAAUUUUAUACAAAACGAUGUCGUGAUUUAUAUUUUUCAAUAAAAGAAGCUAUGGAAAAAGCAGCAUCGAGAAUGAAAGGUUCAUUACCUGGUCAAGAAUUGGGUGGUGAAUUUCCAAUAAGAGAUGUUAAUACAGGUGAAGGAGGGAUUUUACAAGUAUGCCUUGAAGGCAUUUGUUUAAUAUUUGAAAAUGAUAAAGAAUUUAUUGAAUUACAAAAAAUUCGAAAAUGUACAACACAAAAAGGAGAUAUAUUUGUACUUGAAGAAUUUGAUCCAAAUACAAAACAAAUACUUAUUAGAAAAUAUAAAUCAUCAACGGCGAGUAGUGCCCUGCUUGCUUUUCAUCGUGUUGUAUCUAUUAUGGUUGAACGUCGUAAAAUAAAUUCUGCUAAUAUUGUAUCCAAUGUUAAUCAUCAUCAUACACUGCAGGCUAUCGAUGGAUUAGGCUGA